UGACAUCACACAUACCGGGAGUUACGUCAUUCUAAUCACUGGGAGAUGGCCUCUACUGUUUGACAAGCGCCGAAACGUAAUCAGGACUAAAAAUGAAGGCAGUAAUCUUGGCAGCUGGCUAUGGAACCCGACUUCUGAAAGAUCUGGAGAAUGUAAAUGAAGAGCGAUUAAAAGAUCUCAUUGGAACGCCCAAACCAUUACUUCCAGUUGGAGGUUUCCCUUUAAUUUCUUAUUGGAUGGAAGCUUUAAAGGCAGAUCAUGAUAUUCACAUCAUUACCAAUGACAUGUACUAUAGUAAAUUUGAAGAAUGGGCAAAGAAUUACCCCUUUGUAACAGUAAUUAGUGAUGGGACAUCUACAAAUGAGAAUCGUCUAGGUGCUGUGUCUUGCCUCCAACUAAUUAUUGAAACAUUUCAAAUAGAUGACAGCAUAAUAGUUAUUGGAGGAGACACUUUAUUUUAUGAAGACUUUCAUCUUCAAGAUGUUUUUAAAAGAUAUGAAGUUCUGCAUAAGGACAAUAAGCAAGCAAACUUGGUGUUAUCAUAUAUUUGCAAGGAUGAAGAUACAAAGAAAUAUGGUAUAUUGGAGGCAGAUGAAAGCUACAGAGUCAGAGCUAUAAAGGAAAAGCCAAAGGCCAUGGAUACAGCAUCAAGACAAGCAUGUCCAUGCUUCUAUAUAUUUUCGAAACACACACUACCAUGUGUAAAGGAGUUUCUGAAUGAGAAAAAGGAUGCACCAGUUGAUGAAAAAGAUGCUCCAGGUCACUAUUUAUCUUGGCUGGUGGCAAGGAAACCUGUGUAUUUUUAUAGCAUAUCAGGCCGUUUUGAUAUUGGAAAUCUGGAAUCCUACCUUCUCUGUGACAAGUAUUUUCAAGAGAAAAUGAACAAAUUAAACUAUCUUCAGUAAUACAGUAUAUAGGAAAACUAGCUAAAGUUAAAC